AUGUCAAUAUCAGCACAGGUUCAGGAACCUGCAGCCAGAUGGACACACUUCCGGAGUUGCCAUCGACGUCCCCAAGACGCUCGGCCAGAGGCUCUCGUCGACUGGCCGGUUUCAAGACGUUGCUUCGUCCUCGCAAGAGCCAUCGACAAAUCGCACUUCCAGCGCAGGUUGACGGUGGCUCUAGUCUGUCCUGUAGAACUCGAAACCCCGGACGAUCGAUUUUUAUGUGCUAGCACAGAGCCUCGGUGCAACAAAUAUUUAGAUAUCGAUGCGGAAUCCCGAAAAGUGAGCGAUACCACCACCCGAUCUCACAAUUCCGAACAAACAAGCGCAACGGUUUGUCGCCAUCCAUCGAGGUCGACAUCCACUCCAAUCGCUCUUGUGUGUCGCGAAGAGACCAUCACCCAGAAUCCAUUUACCGAUACUGGUGAUCCGAUUCAUCAAAUUCCUAGCUCCAACCCGUUUUCGGACCCCUCCACCACGACAAGAUGCUCUACAAGGCAGCAAAGCUCGGAGUUCAGUGGACCAAGUACUCGGUUCCUAAACAUCUCAGGGAGCAGCGAAACGGAGGAAAUCCCGCUUGCCCAGCGGUAUUCUAGCUCCAUGCUAGAUGAUUUGUUCCCACGCCAACCGUCGAACAGCGGGAAGGGACUGGUGAAAUUCGAUCAACACGCAGCGGUCGCUGCGUUCAAUGAAUUUGGACCUAGGUUGGGACUCAAGCCCUUGAAACUCGUCAAAUCCGACGACGCUGGACCUUCAUCUUGUGAAAACCGUGACAAUAACCCCCGUCUCCCUGGCGAGAAAAAGGUCACCCGGCGCCGCACUGGGAUUUUCAAGAGAGUGCAAUCAAGCCUUCAUCUGAAAGUGCCAACUUCUCCCACCCAGCAACGGCCAUUGCGUCGGAUGAGGACAUUUGCUCACUUCCCCUCGCGCUCUCAUGGUAUGACCUCGCUGAAAGGCAGAUCAUUGGACAGUCUGACUCGACUUGGAGGCCACAGCUUUUUGAAUCUACCCGCAGAGUUUGCCCCUUCUACCUUGAGACUACCGGUAUGCUUUGUGGCCACGGCAACCUAUCUCAAGGUCUUUGCUCCCGCGGUGCGCCAUCUAUUUCACGACCCGGGUGAUUUGAAGACGGCAGCUCGGACCUACGACUAUUUCGCCCAGCAGGUCCUGUCGGCCGAUAGGGAGCAGGGGCGAAUUGAGUUGACGUUGAGAGGCAGCGAGAUGCCCAUUGAUCUGGUCGACGUGCUCAACCAAGAAGCACCGGGGCAAAAUGUCUCACAGGUUCUGGGGGUUGCAUGGGCAUUCAAGGCUCUGUUGUCGGGACUUCCGGGGGGCAUUCUGGGGUCGACCGAGCUUCACUGCGUCCUGGUGGAUAUCUACUACAAACACGCGGGAGGGAUUAUCGGCAGGGACACCUGUAGCGACGAGCGCUUGUUACCUGGGCGGGGGGCGAAGUCUACGGCGAUUGGUCUGGCCAUCCUUGCCCUCACCCGACCCUUGCAAUAUAAUCUGAUCUGCGCCGUUUUCGGGCUUGGUGCGCUUCUGCUGCAAGAGAUGGGGCGAUCGGCAGAGUUGGCGAAACACGAAGUUGGGGGAGGAGAUACUUCGACCCUGAUGACCCCCGAAAGUCUGGGGCGGAUUCUCGGGCCACUACUCACGGGGCACGAGCCCAAAGACGAGCAAGAUAUGUUCCGGGCCAUUGAGCUCGAGAUUGAGAGCCAGCGGGUGGCCGUGAUGAUGGUGGACGGAUGGGUGGAGGUGAGUCGACGAUUACGACGAUGGCAGAGUCGAGGCCUUCCCGGCGAGCGGCGGGGCUGCAGCCUGCAGUCUAGAAGGACCGCCAGCAGCGACGAUACCGGGUAAGACGGCAGGGGCGUUGGCGCGAGAUCAGGACGUAUGGAAUAACCGUUGGGGUAGUGGCAGGUCGUACUUUUGUUGCGGCAGCCACGAAUUAAUUAAUGUCAAAUCGAUGGGGAUAU